AUGGAGAACAACGGCGGCCGGCUCCUCCCCAACGACUCUCUCGUGGAGGAGGUCGUCCCCCCCGCCAAGAGGCCCCUGUGUGGCCGCUCCAAGUUCGUCGUCUCCACAGCCCGGCGCGAGAUCCACGGCGGCCGCCGCCCUUCCCACUGCACGGAGCUGCCGCUGCCCCCGACCCUACAGGGUUUCUUCUACGGCGACGGCGUCCGCGACGAGGAAGACCAGUACCUGCCUUGCAAGAACUACGGGCGUUUCGCCAGGCUACCAGGGACGACGACGACGUCCGUCGCCGUCGACCCUUCCUUGUCGUUCCUGCGCAAGAGCAAGACGAAGCUGCAUCGGCACAUCUUCCUCGUGGACGCCUGCAACGGCCUCCUCCUCCUGGGCCACGUGCCGGAGAGUUACUUCUGGCCGGAGUUCGCCGUGUGUAACCCGGCGACGCAGCAGUGGGCGGCCGUGCCGUCCUGCGUCGACUGGGUCGACGACGAUGUCCACACCGACCCGAGGAACUUCACCUCGCAGACCCACAUCUCCCUGCUCUUCGAUCCGGCCAUCUCCUCCCAUUUCCAGGUGCUCAUCUUCUGGAACUGCCACCUCUUCGACGACGACCGCGAGGGGACGGCGACGGUGCACGCCUACUCGUCGGAGACUGGGGUGUGGAGGAACAGCGAGAGUGACUGGAGCUUCGUGGAAAGGCGAGAGCCAUUGGAGCUGUGGCGCCGUCAGAUCAGCUUGCACAGGUUCAUCCUUCAUGGAUCCCCUGGCGCCUUCGUCGAUGGCAUGGUCUACCUGAACCUAGCGUGGUGCCAGCGGAUACUGCAGGUGGACACGGAAGGGAAGACACGAGGUAUGUUCCCUGUGCCGGCCGACAAGGCAUACACCAGCAAGAAGCUGCUCUUUGUCGGCCAGUCGCAAGGGCGACUGCACUGCGUCGUGGAAGAAGGUCGCCAUGGACACCUCCUAGGUCAUCGGAUGAAUCGUCGUUAUCGCAAGAAAUGGAGGAGCCAUGGACUGUUCAUCUGGGUUCUUAUUGGGGAUAUUGAUAGGCAAGAAUGGGUGUUGAAGCACAAGGUGAGCCGUCGGAAGCUGUUUUGGAACUGGAUUGUUAGGAACCGUGAUAAUGGCUUGGAUGACGACUACCGUGUGGUCACCAUGCAUCCGGAUUGCAACAUGCUUUUCUUUGAUCUUCAGCGUGGGGAUGAUCGCUCAAUAAUAUCGUAUGAUCUUGACCGUAAGGAAGUUGGUCUUGUGGAGACCUAUAAACAGGACACUACGGAUAAGAUUAUUCCUUUUGUUCCAUACUUGUCCGAGUUAUUUCUCGGAGUGCUUGGUGGUCACAAGUGA